GAUUUCUGCAAAAGAUUCACACAGAAACAACAUGAGCAUAAACCACAUAAGAAUGUCUACAAAUAGCCGCGCUACGAGCGCCGGCCUCACACAGUCGGUUGAAGGGAGCGGAGAUGGAGCCCUGGUAGCAAGGUCCUGUCGAUACACGCGCUCGGCCAAUCAGGAGCCGGUCUCAGCUGUCAAUCAUGACGUCUCAACCUGUUUUUAUAGCAUCAAAUAAAAACCAAACUGAUCAGAAACAUGAAAACUUGACCACACAUGCAGUGUGAUAGGAACUCCCUCCAUCCACUAACAUGGAGGAGGCAGGAUUUAUAACCUGUGCUGCCGCCAGCCACACAAGGGCCAUGGAAACACUUUGGCUUCACUUUUGAGGAACAGUUAUGUCGUCCAUCUUUCUUAUGUAAAGUCAAUGUGCCAUAGACUGUAUAUAAAAACAUAUUUGCUGCCUAUUUAUAGAAAUACAGUUGAAAGUACAGAAGGGGAUGCAGGGCAGAUUUUAGUCGUGCUCUUGUAUGUGCUCACGGGGGAGAAGCAGACGCAGAAGAGGAGGGAAGCCACAGAUCACCAGAGGCUGAUAGAGGUUUGUUUAUACACAUGAAGCACUACAAACAGGAGAUGCAGCCCCGAUAAGGAAAUUAAGGGAAAGGGUGCAACUCAAAUAAACCAAGACUGAUGCACCAACGGACCAAUGCACCUCUCGCCCUCUGUGCUUCUGAAUCUCUCACUUACAGAGAGACGGGGAAGAGAAGAGACGGCUGGAGAAGCAGCAUUUGGACGUUCUGGAAGUUCUGCAGAAAAGCGUUCCUCAGAUUUUUUUCGUCCUCCAUCAGAUUUGGAUGCGAGACUAAACACAGCCCGUCAUAGCUCAUGUGAAAUGCUCGUCUCUGACUGAAGUCACGGGUCUCUGGCGCACGAGCAGGACAACGGUCAACUCUUGGAUCAAACAAAGCUCGUCCUCUCAUGAGUUCAGGGACAAUUGCAGGUUACGGCGAAGUGAGAACACCCACCCAGAGGUGGUUGGAAGAUUGCGAUCUGGUCGUGUGAGUUAUGUGCGUCUGUGGUUGCAGAGUGAGGCGGUGAGCAUCCACAGACAUUCAGAGGGUGUGAGGCGGCUGCUCACUGCUCACAUUUUGCUUUUGUGAGGCUGCAUCGUUCAUCUGAUCAGACCUGGAAGAGAUUGUUCAGUAAAAAAGAAGAAGUGUCCUUGUUGGAGUCACCUUUUCUUCAGCUCUUUAGAGAAAUCAUCACCUUCUUUGUCAAGUCAAUGCUACUGAAUAUCAACAAAAUCUCUCUUUGAGUCACAGAGCAAUGAAGGAGGCAGAGCAAACCAAGGAGAACCCCCUGAUCUGGGAUCUUGACCAGCCCUGGACUUCCAUCCUCAAACCUGCUGCACGUCUGUGCCUCAACACCUUGGAUUUCUCAGACCUCUGGGAUGAGGAAGACAGCACAGAGGACGAGGGAACCAAUUCAACUAAUGAAUCAUCAACAUGCCUCCAAGCCCCUCCGGCACCCCCUCCUCUUCCUCCUCCUCCUCCGCCUCUUCCUCCUCUGGCACCAGCUUUAUCCUCAGCUUCCCUUAAAGGUUCGACCCUCAAAUCUCGCACCUUGAAGCUCCACUGGAGGGAAAUGCAGACUCUGGCUCCCCUUCCUAGGAUGACCCGCUUUGGGACUCAGACCAUCUGGGCCGGACUUGAACCGGUGGAUCUGGAUACAAACCGGCUGGAGUACCUGUUUGAGUCUAAGGGCAGUAGCACCUGCUUUAAGCUGGCCUCUGGGCGGCAGAAGCAGCCGUCAGUGUCGGUGUUGGGGAUGAAGCGAAGUAACAUCAUAACCAUUGCACUGAGCAGCCUCCCGCCCCCCCGCCUCCUCCCCCCUGCCAUCUACAGCAUGGACAGCAGCGUGCUGGACAGAGAGGACGUCCAGCGGCUUCAAGCGUUAAUCCCGACGGAGGAGGAGCUCUCUCUGAUCAAGGACGCCAAGGCCCAGAACCCCCACGCUCCUCUGGCCCAGGCCGAGCUCUGCCUCCUCACUUUGGGGGAGAUCUCUCACCUGAGCUCCAGGCUUCAGCUGUGGGCCUUCGCUCUGGACUACGACUCCUUAGAGAGGGAAAUUGCUGAGCCUCUCUUCCAUCUGAAGCUGGCUAUGGAGCAGCUGGCAGGAAGCCAGACCUUCAGAUGUAUUCUGGCAACGGUGUUAGCGAUCGGAAACGUUCUAAAUGGAUGUAAGGCCCGUGGGUUUGAGCUGAGUUACCUGGGCAAGUUGUCCCAGGUGAGGGAUACACACUCCCGCCAGCCGCUGCUGCACCAUGUCUGUGUGCUGCUGCUGCAGCUCUACCCACAAUCCUCCGAUCUCUACUCCGACACCAGCGCUGUUACCAAAGCUGGAAAGUGCGAUUACUCCCUAGUCCAGUCCAACCUUUCUCAGCUGGAGGCCCUGUGCAAAGCAUCAUGGGAGCAGCUGAAGGUGCUGGACAAGGCAGAGGAAAAGAGGAAAGGAGGAAAGGGGGAGAAGAGGAGAGGAGGAGGAAGAGGAGGAGACGAGACCUCGGCUCAGGAAGGUUCACUCCGUCAACAGCUGCCGAAGAUUUUGAAAGAGUGCGAGGAGAAGCUGAAGGUCCUCAGAGCUGUGCACCGUCGGGUCAUCAACAGGUUCCACUCUUUCCUCUUGUUCCUGGGCUACUCCCGAGCUAUGGUGAGAGACACCAAAGCCGAGGACUUCUGUAAAACCAUCAGUAACUUCUCCCUGGAGUUCCGGUCCACACGGCAGGGCCUCCUGCUGCAGAGAGAGCGGGAGCGACCGAGGAGCGGAGCUGAAAACCAAAGCCCCAGAACUCCCGUAGGCCGGCGGAGAGGUCAACCAGCGCCCACACAGGAGAGUGAGAGAAGUGAGGAGCAGUGUUUGCUGGAGGAGGUGCUGCGAACACCCGAGUCCAUGUUGAGGCUGGACGCCACGCUGCCUCGACACCGCAGGAGGGUGGCCGACAUCCAAGGUCCGUUCUCUCGGAAGUCGAAGUGUUGAUCCUGCUGACGUCACUGAGUCACUGGUGUGUGAGGAUGUGAACAGGUGCAUCACGUAUCAUGUGCCUAUAUCAGUUUUUAAUUAUGUUUUUGUUUGAAAGUGAAGAUGCAAUAAAAAUCAGUUUUGAUAUA